CGGGGGGGCUUUUCGUCAUGCCCGCGUGCUGCGAGGGUGCGGUGUGUUGGCAAGCUGGCGGCGGCGGCGGCUGUGGGGUGGGUGGGGUUAGGUAGUCUUUUGCUCGUUCGCGCGCGUCGACGUACUUACCUCUGCGGUGCAGGGCCUUACCUACCUACCUACCAUUCUUCUCUAACCAGCUAUAUACCUAUCUCCUUCCAAUUACUCGGUCAACACACCCCUUCCUCUUCUUCUAGUCCUUAUUCCUCUAUUCCCUCCCCCUCCCUUCCUUCCUCCUCUCGCUUCAACACCCAUUCCAUCCUAGGAACUAAGUCGUCGGCACAACCACAAACACAAACAAUGCCCCCCUCGACCCACCCCAUCCGCAUCAACGUCGACCUAGGCGAGAGCUACGGCAACUGGGCCUGCGGGCCCCCGACCGCCGAGCUGCUGCCUUAUAUCGACCACGCGAACAUAGCGUGCGGCUUUCAUGCUGGCGACCCCCUCAUAAUGCAAGAUACCGUGCGCGCCUGCCUCGACAGCCCUUCGAAGCGUGGCCCCAUAGCACUAGGCGCGCACCCCGGCCUCCCAGACCUGCAAGGCUUCGGACGGCGCUACAUGGCGCUCUCGCCCGCCGAGCUGACGGCUAUGACGCGCUACCAGAUCGGAGCUUUGCAAGGGUUUAUAUCCGCCGAAGAGGGUGCUCCUUCACUCCACCACAUAAAGCCGCACGGCACGCUCUACGGCCUAACAUCGCGCGACGCCGAGGCGUGCAGAGCCGUGUACGCGGCCGUGCCGGCGGGGGCGCGCGUAUUUGGGCUUGCGGGGACGGCGCAUGAGGCUGUGGCGCGCGAGCUGGGGAUCCCGUUUGUGGCCGAGCUGUAUGCGGAUGUGCGGUGGGGGCGGGACGGGAGCCUGGUGAUUGAGCGCCGGAAGGGGUCCUGGGAGCCGCACGAGACGCGCCAGCACGUUGGAGCGCAGGUGCGCGAGGGCGCCGUGACGGCCGUGACGGGCGAGCGCGUCGAGAUUCCCCUGGGUGAGCACGAGGUCUCGCUGUGCGUGCAUUCGGACUCGCCCGGGUGCAUGGAGAUUCUCAAGGCCGCGAGGGAGAUUGUCGACGAGUUUAACGGGGCGAAGUUUGGUUGAUCGGGUGGGUGGUCGG